AUGGUGUCCUUUUCUGUGCUUGCAGUUCUAUCACUCUUUCUUAUUAUUGUUUACUAUGGUGUUAUUGCGUCCAGGGGGAAAAAGGUCCCGCUUGGCACGCGGCCACUUCCUGGACCCAGAGGUCUACCAUUUAUCGGCCGUGUCCACGAUGUUCCCAGUGUAGCGACAUGGUUGAAGUUCUACGACUGGUCGAAAGUGUAUGGCCCAAUAUACCAAAUGGAGAUCUUUGGCUCUGUACACGUUUGGAUCUCAUCAGAAGAGAUGGCCCACGACCUGCUCUCCAAACGCAGUGCCAUCUACUCUGACCGUCCCGUCAUCCCCAAUCUGCCUGACAACAGAACUUCGGGCGACUAUCUCGCCCUCCUAGGGCGAACGGAAACAUGGAAACGCCAACGCAAAGUCUGCCACCAAGUCAUGGCCCGCCCCUCUAGCGAGUCCCUUUACAACUACCCUGCCAUAGAGAGUAAGCGCCUCCUCUACCAUAUGAGCCGCACUCCCUCGGACUACAUCGGACACAUUGAGCAAUACACCAGCCGCACUAUCUCGCGGCUCUCCUGGGGCUCCCCGCACUUCGCGGACGAACUCCGAGUCGGCACUUUCGGCCUCUUGCAAACCAUUUCUCCCUCUGGUGCAGUUCCGAACAUCGUCUCCCCGCUCUCGUACCUCCCUGCCUGGUUGAGUCCAUGGCAACAAGUCGAGAACGCGAGACAUCUCCGUGAAAGGAAGUUCUUUGAGCACUGCAUCAACUCCGUCAAGAGCGCGGUGGCCAAAGGCACGGCCAUGGAUAGCUACAUGAAGGUCUUCCUCGAGACGAAAGACAAUCACGGAAUGCCUGAGGAGGAGGGCCAGUACCUCAUAGGCAUGAUGGCCAUCGCGGGCGCACUGACGGCCGGGAGCCCGCUGCAGAGCUACAUCCUCGCCAUGUGCUGCUACCCCGAGUGGCAGGCAAAGCUGCGAGAGGAGAUGAGGGCGUGUAUUGGGGAUCGGGCGCCAGAGUGGCAAGAUCGGGAACAGUUGCCGCUGUUGAGAGCGGUAGUCAAGGAGGUGGUGAGAUGGAGGCCGCCUGUGCCUACUGGGAUCCCCCACCGCCUCGAGAAGGACGACGUCUACAACGGCUACCACAUCCCCGCCGGCGCCACUAUCCACGCCCUCGAGUGGGCUAUGACCCGGGAUCCCCUCACCUAUCCAUCGCCCGAAGAAUUCAACCCGGCCCGCUACCUCGACCCGUCCUUCCCGACCUUCCGCGCCCCGCUCACCGUGUACCCCAACCUGAAAACGCACACACAGUUCGGAUUCGGGCGGCGCACGUGCACGGGCAUCGAGAUUGUCGAGCAGGAGCUCUUCCUCGUGAUGGGCGGGCUGGCGUGGGCGUUUGACUUUUCCAAGAAGAAGAAGAAGAAGCAGCAGCAGCAGAAGAAGGGUGAUGAUGGGAUGAAGGGGGGGGAGGAAGAAGAGGAAGAGCUGGAUAUUAUGAACUACACGAGCCUACUGAUUGCGAAGCCGGAGAAGUUUGAGUUUUGCUGCAGCUUGGUUGAUGGGCGGACGAGAAGAGAGCUGGAGUGGGCCUGGAGAGCGGUUAAUGGUGGGGGGGUGGGCGAUCGCGUUGAGGGAGAGGAGGAGGGAGGAAGACUGGGAGAGGAGGAUGGUGAUGAGGUGCUGUAUCUGGGCACGCCGACUGGGAGCGAGAAGUAUGGAUGGGGCGAGAGCGAGGGGGAUAGCGAGGGCGAGGGGGAGCGGGAAGAUGAGGGCACGCUCGUGGAGAAGGAGGUGUUGGGGCGAGAUGGGGAGGAGAAAUAG